CUCCCCCCCUUAUACACACACACAAACACACCGACACACAUUCCGUCCCGAGGUAGAGCUCCAUUUCCUGUCAAAACGUGAGAGAGUACCGCUGACAAUCGGUGAAAGGGUAAACUGACAGUCACUGACCACCUUCAGAAUAAUGGAUAUCCGUAGACAAGUGGUCAGCCUACUGCUGGUCACCACAGCGACUGUCUGCGUCGCCGUGGGAACGGGGGCCGUGCACCAGCCAGGGUACCUGGAGGCCCCCGCUGGGUCCACUCUGACCCUCAGCUGCGCCUUCCGCCCCCCCUCGGAGGCGCUGAGGAUCAGGGUGAGCUGGGACCGCUGCCCCCGGCCGAACGGCACGUCCCCGCGUGACUGCCAGUGGAUCUCCUCCGGCUUGGUCUUGGCCAAUCAGGGCUCCGUCGGCCUGGCCUCAGCCAAUCGGACGGAGGAGUGGCGUGACGACAGGCUUGUGCGGCAGGUGUCCGGAUCCUCGGGGUCCAAUCUGACCCUGGUGGACCCCGGCUUGCAGGACAGCGGUUGGUACCGCUGCUCAGUCUGCAUGGAGAUCCCGUCGCUACGGUGCCUCUUUGGCAACGGGACUGAGGUCGUUGUCAUCGUCGCUGGUGCCCCCUCCCCCCAGCACGUGAAGGGUGCCGUUGUACCCUGGUGGGUUUGGGCCGUCGUGGGUGCUGGGAGCGUCUUCCUGGUUGUGACACUGGUGGGAAUUGUCAUCCUGUGCUGGAGAUGCAGAGUCCGGAUGGAGAGGGAGUCCAGACAGAACCCAGUCUACAGCAACACACUAGGUUUGAAGCAUUCUGUUGCCAGCAGUCGCCCCCUCCCAGGCCCAACACCAAAGUUAAACCACACCUCUCUCGCAAGGCCGUGCCCCAAACACCCGAGGACCCCGCAGAGACCAACGACCUCCGGUCCCAAAAGGAGCCUGAACUCGUAGAUCCGACACCCGAAAUCUCUCCCGUGCCUCCUGUUGAUGCUAAACUGGACAAGGAGUGGCAUUGCGGUUUGGGAAAGGUGACUUGUAACUCAAGACUGUGGCAUUGAUUCUUUGAUGGACAAGAUUUUAGAUUCAAGGAAAAGACUAGAUUUCGCCACCCCCCCCCCCCCCCCCACAAUGGGGGGGGGGAGGAGGGGGUGCGGGCGGCACUACGAGGAGAGAGGCAGACCAUGUUCGCUGGAACUACACAGUGGACAGGAACAGUGCAAAAAAUGAAAUAAAAUAAAGGUGUUAAAAGCAGCAUUAAAAUAUUUAAUAAUAUGCACCCGUACAUGCAUGCACACAUUUAUCUAUAAUAUAAACUGUCGUUGUAUAAACUGCUUUUUUUGAAUGACUUCCUGGUUUGGACCAAGUUUCGAGUGCUCUGAUAACAGCCAUUGUAAAGUAGGCAGGUCAUCACUAAAUUUGCUUUGGAGUCCAAAAAUACGGAGACAUAUGUACAUUAGCAGAAAAUAAUUAAGAGAUAAAAAUUUAACUGAAUAUACAUUAAACAUGAGCAUAGCAAUUAAACAGCACGGGGUAUGCAUUACAUACUUAAAAGGACAAAAAAACAAGGCUUCAUAUGUAUUUAGUUUUCUGCAUUUCCUUUACUUGUAGGCUACUUUGCAGUGUCUUGAAGUAACAUUUUAAUUCAAUUUUGAAAACUAAGAAUUUUUUUUGACCAUUUAUAUUUGUGUAUAUAGUGUAUUCCAUAU